AUGAAUUGGAGAUUCUCACAGCUUUUACUUCUUUUAUUGUGUUUUGAUGGACCCGGUGGUGUCCGGUGUCAAGAGGAAGAGCCAGUGCCAAGAAACGAGGUUCUGGGAGAGCCAACAGUGAGCUGCGCAGCUGAUGCGAUAUAUGUCAAACUUCGAACAAAGUCAACAUUUCUGGGACACGUGGAUGUUAAGUAUACACCUGAUAAAUCCUGCUUCCAGGUCAGAAACCUCCAUUUUACGACACCCUUGACACACUUUUUACAGAGUCUUGUGACAAAUAACCAAAUUGAAAUUCUGAUUCCCCAUGAGGAAUGUAUGGUGCCAAGAAGGAGAAGUCUUCACCCUACCGGAGUGAUUCUCGAAGUUUCUCUAUCUGUAUCAUUCCAUCCUGAAUUCACCACAGUCGAUGAUCGAAUCUUCAACAUGCAAUGUUUCCAUCAGAAGAAAUCAAAUGGAUCCUCAAAUUCUCUAGCCAUCGGAUCCCCUCAACCUCCACCACCAGACACAAAAGGGCCAAGUUGUUCGUAUGAAGUUCUCGCCAGUCCAGGAGGGUUGCCAGCCGGACGAUUGGCUUUGGGCCAAGAAGUGUAUCAUUCGUGGCAGUGUCAGAAUGUUUAUGAAUCCUGUAUCAUGAUCGAAAGUUGCCGAUUGGUAGGAGGUGAAGAAACACACGAUGUAAUUGAUUCAUCAGGCUGUUCGAAGUACGAAUCAAUCAUGCCACAACUGCAAUAUCACAAUCGUACUCAUGUGGGAGCAUCGGUCAAAGUAUUCGGUGUUUCUCAUACUUCAAUAGUCUACUUCGCAUGCCAAGUACGCCUUCAUCCACAGUUACCAUCUGGAGAGUGUCCAAAACGAAAAUGCAACGAAGCAAGAAAGAAGAGAGACGAUGCGUCUUCUCAAUUCCCUUCUAUCGACGUCCGUAGUCAGAAUUUGGAGAUUUCUCAGUUGAUAAAUGUUACAACUCCACCUGUAGAACCUCCGAAGCCUACCGAGCCGGUAGUUCAACAUACAUGCCCAGAUAUCCACGUGGAAUCAUCUCCUGUGGAAGAAGCAUCAGAAUCCAAGUUUAUAGAAGAGGAAAGAGUUUGCGCAGAUUUGAGAUCUGUGCUCGUAGUCAGUGUUCUUUUGGCAAUGGCAAUUAUAUUGAUAACUACCACGAUAGCUGUUUUGUUCGUGCGACGUCAAAAAUAUGAAAUAGCAAACAUGUCGUAA